AUAGCGGAUUUUUCGGAGUAACUAUAAAUGGAGAGCUUUUCCCCCAAGAAAAUUCCAUAUUUAAUUUUGGCGUGAGGCAUAUUUGUGGUCUGAUUUUCUGGUUCUUCUGGCAUGAUCCUCUCUAUAUAUUUCAAGCAUUUUUAUAUGUAGUAAUCAGGUCUUCCUCUCUUAAGCGCUCUGUUUUCUUCUUGCUUAGUUGAUUCUAGAACUCCCCUGAGACUUUGUUAGCUUGGUACAUCAUAAUCAUCUGUAAUGGCUGAGGCUGUUCUGACCCGUGUUCAUGGCCUUCGUGAGCGUCUUGAUGUUACUUUAGCUGCUCAUCGCGAUGACAUUUUGCUGUUCAUAUCAAAGAUUGAGAGCCAUGGGAAAGGAAUCUUGAAGCCUCACCAACUUGUGGCUGAGUUUGAGGCGAUCUUCAAGGAUGACAAAGGCAAACUGAGUGGACAUCCCUUUCUAGAAGUUUUGAAAUCCACACAAGAAGCAAUAGUUUUGUCUCCAUGGGUUGCACUGGCUAUCCGUUUGAGGCCCGGUGUGUGGGAAUAUGUUCGCGUCAAUGUUAAUGCUUCAGGUGUGGAGGAGAUGACUGUUCCUGAGUAUCUUCAAUUAAAAGAAGAGCUUGUUGAUGGACCGGCUAAUGGUAAACUUGUUCUUGAAUUGGAUUUUGAGCCAUUCAAUGCUUCUUUUCCCAAGCCAACUCUUACCAAGUCCAUUGGCAAUGGAGUUGAAUUCCUAAACAGACACCUUUCUGCAAAAAUGUUCCAUAACAAGGAAAGCAUCACUCCUCUCCUUGAUUUUCUCAGACUUCAUGAAUUCAAUGGCAAGACGAUGAUGCUAAAUGAAAGAAUCAAGGACCUAAAAACUCUCCAAAGUGUCCUUAGAAAGGCAGAGGAGUAUUUAUCUACACUUUCUCUAAAAACUCCAUUCUCUGAGUUUGAAAACAAGUUUCAAGAAAUCGGGUUGGAGAAAGGUUGGGGUGACAACGCGGAACGUGUCUUGGAGAUGAUCGGAAUGCUUUUGGAUCUUCUGGAGGCUCCCGAUUCAUGCACACUGGAGAGGUUCUUGGGGAAAAUUCCCAUGGUUUUCAACAUUGUUAUUCUUUCGCCCCACGGUUAUUUUGCCCAGGAAAAUGUUUUGGGAUAUCCUGACACUGGUGGCCAGGUUGUUUACAUUUUGGAUCAAGUUCCCGCGUUAGAGAGGGAGAUGCUUAAACGGAUUAAAGAGCAAGGACUUGAUAUUAAGCCAAGAAUCCUCAUUAUAACUAGGUUUCUUCCAGAUGCGGUGGGUACCACUUGUGGACAGCGGCUAGAGAAAGUUUUUGGAGCUGAAUACUCGCACAUUCUGAGAGUCCCCUUUAGGACUGAGGAGGGUGUUGUGCGAAAAUGGAUCUCUCGUUUCGAAGUCUGGCCAUACAUGGAAACUUUCAUUGAGGAUGUUGCAAAAGAAAUUACAGACGAGUUGCAGACCAAACCAGAUUUGAUCAUAGGGAAUUACAGUGAGGGUAACCUUGCUGCCUCCAUACUGGCUCACAAGCUAGGUGUUACACAGUGCACAAUUGCUCAUGCAUUGGAGAAGACAAAAUAUCCAGAUUCAGAUCUUUAUUGGAAAAAGUUUGAUGAGAAAUAUCACUUCUCGUCCCAGUUCACUGCUGAUCUCAUCGCGAUGAAUCAUACCGACUUCAUCAUCACCAGCACCUUCCAAGAGAUUGCUGGAAGCAAGGACAGUGUUGGACAGUAUGAAAGCCACAUGGCAUUCACAAUGCCUGGAUUGUACAGAGUUGUUCAUGGCAUAGAUGUGUUUGACCCCAAAUUCAACAUUGUCUCUCCAGGAGCUGAUAUGAACCUAUAUUUCCCCUACACAGAAAAGGAAAGGAGACUAACAACCCUUCAUCCUGAAAUCGAAGAUCUCCUAUUUAGCAAUGUUGAGAAUGAAGAACACCUAUGUGUGCUCAAGGAUAGGAAGAAGCCCAUCCUAUUCACCAUGGCUAGAUUGGAUCGUGUGAAGAACCUCACAGGUCUUGUGGAAUGGUAUGCCAAGAACCCAAAGCUGAGAGAGUUAGUUAAUCUUGUUGUGGUUGGUGGGGACAGGAGGAAGGAAUCUAAAGAUUUGGAGGAGCAAGCAGAGAUGAAAAAGAUGUAUGAGCUCAUAAAGACGCACAAUUUGAACGGACAGUUCAGAUGGAUCUCUUCACAGAUGAACCGUGUGAGGAACGGUGAGCUGUACAGAUACAUUUGUGAUACUAGAGGGGCUUUCGUGCAGCCCGCUUUCUAUGAGGCUUUUGGGCUGACAGUUGUUGAGGCCAUGACUUGUGGGCUGCCUACCUUUGCAACCAACCAUGGUGGGCCAGCCGAGAUCAUCAUCCAUGGGAAAUCUGGUUUCCACAUUGAUCCAUACCAUGGUGAUCAGGCUGCUCAACUGCUUGUUGAUUUCUUUGAGAAGUGUAAGAAGGAUCCUUCUCAUUGGGAGAUCAUUUCUGCUGGAGGCCUUAAGCGUAUCCAGGAGAAGUACACUUGGGAAAUCUACUCAGAAAGGCUAUUGACACUCUCUACUGUAUAUGCGUUCUGGAAACAUGUUUCCAAGCUUGAUCGCCUUGAGACUCGUCGCUACAUUGAAAUGUUUUACGCUCUCAAUUACCGAAAGAUGGCGGAAAGGGUUCCUUUGGCUCAGGAGUAACAAGGGUGAAAUGAUGGGGAGAUGGGAGUCAAGUUUACUUGCUUUGUUGGAAUAAGAACUCUGUGAUUGUGGUUGUGGUAAAUUGUAAAAUGGAUAUUAUAUCUGGUAUAGUAUUGAUUGCAUGUAGCCCUAAGUGCUCAUGGUUUUCAUUUGAAUUCUCAUUUGUGAAAAUUUGAGAAACUAAAAUAUAUUAAUUCUUGGUUGAUUUUGUUUUGCCCUUGUUUCUUCUCUUUUUGUUUUUUAACGUCAAUGUCAUUUUACAGCAAGA